UGAUAGAAUAGUGUUAAGCUGAGAGAUGCCUUUCGGUGGAGUUACGGUGAAGGACGUUGAUCCUCACGAAUUUGUUAGGCAACUAGCUGAAUGGCUCAAAUUGAGUGGUAAGAUAAAGCUGCCAUUGUAUGUUGAUUUUGUGAAGACUGGCCCACAUAAAGAGCUGUCUCCAUAUGACAAAGACUGGUAUUACAUCCGGGCAGCAAGCAUAGCUAGACACAUCUACCUAAGGAAAGGAGUUGGCAUUGGAGCACUUGCUAAAGUCUAUGGAGGUAAGCAGAGGAGGGGUGCUCGUCCUGGUGUGUACAGGAAAGCUAACACUGCCAUCCUCCGUCAUGUUGUCCAGAGCUUAGAGAAAAUGAGAAUACUUGAUAAGGACUCCAACGGGUAAGAAAAUGAAGGAAGAGUUUGUCAGUCAUUUU